AUGGAGAUAGUAAAAAUCAGCGGCGGCGUAGAUUUCGGGUUUCAGAAAGUGUGGGUGGAGGGUUGCCGAGCCAGAGGAAGGGCUUCUCGAGGGCGUUGCACCAGUCCGGGUGGAGGCACUGGGCGAUGUCGGUGGCGGCCGCUUGGUCGAGGACGAGGUAAUAUGACAGGAUAUGGUGGUGCCGUCGAGGACGAGGUAGUAGGAGAGGAGGGCGGGGGAGAGGAAGAAGGAGAGGGCGAGGCGGAGCUGGGGGAGGAGGACUGGAGGGUGGUCGAGAGGAUGGGCUUUUUUCAUCGAGUAGGCUCAAAUCAGUGGCAUCACAAAAGCACUCUUUUCAGUUCAAGCUCAUACAAAAAUCCACGUCACAGACGAGGAGCUCGGUUCAUUGUUAGAGCUGAUAGAGACUACUAUUCUGUACUUGGUGUGUCUAAAAAUGCGAGCAAAUCGGAGAUCAAAAGCGCCUAUCGAAAGCUAGCCAGGAGUUACCAUCCGGAUGUGAACAAAGAAGCUAGUGCAGAGGAAAAGUUCAAGGAGAUUAGUAAUGCAUAUGAGGUUUUAUCAGAUGAUGAAAAACGCUCGAUUUAUGACACAUAUGGGGAAGCAGGUCUCAAAGGAGCAGGCAUGGGCACGGGGGACUUUAGCAACCCGUUCGACCUCUUCGAGUCCCUCUUCGAAGGCAUGGGCGGCGGCAUGGGCAUGGGCAUGGGCGGUGGCGGCGGCCGCGGCCGCCGCACCCGAGCCGUCGAAGGCGAAGACCAAGUCUACACCCUCGUCCUCGAUUUCAAAGACGCUGUUUUCGGCAUCGAGAAAGAAAUCGAAAUCUCCCGACUCGAUUCCUGCCCCACCUGCGCCGGCUCCGGCGCCAAACCCGGCACCAAACCCUCCCGCUGCUCUGCCUGCGGCGGCCAGGGCCAAGUCGUGUCCUCCGCCCGAACCCCACUCGGCGUCUUCCAGCAAGUUGCCACCUGUCCCACUUGCUCCGGCUCCGGCGAGACCUCCACCCCUUGCCCCGCCUGCUCCGGCAACGGCCGCCUCCGCAAAACCAAACGCAUUAGCCUCAAAGUGCCCGCCGGAGUCGACUCCGGCAGCCGCCUCCGAGUCCGGUCGGAAGGGAACGCGGGCCUCCGGGGAGGCCCGCCGGGCGAUUUGUUUGUGGUGAUUGAAGUUCGGAAAGACCCGGUUUUGAAAAGGGAAGAUACGAAUAUUCUUUACACGUGUAGAGUUUCGUACACUGACGCGAUUCUCGGGACUACGGUCAAAGUCCCGACUGUUGACGGGACGGUUGACCUGAAAAUCCCGGCUGGCACGCAGCCGGGGACGACGCUUGUGAUGGCGAAAAAGGGGGUCCCGUUUUUGAAUAAACGGAAUAUGAGAGGGGAUCAGCUGGUGAAAGUGCAGGUGGAGAUUCCAAAGAGGUUGAGUGGAGAAGAGAGGAAGUUAGUCGAGGAGCUUGCGAGCUUGAGUAAGGAGAAGGAGAAGGAGAAGGAGAAAACGGCUGGGAGUAGG